UUAAAUAAAACAACAACAAGUUGUGCGGACUAAUUAAAUAAUUGAAACAAGUUUACGUGGGAGCCGCAAUGACAGAGAAUUAAAUUAAAGUGCAAAAUCAGAUAAAAGCUAAAAACAUACUGUGAAAUGUCGCAAUUCGAUAAUACCUGCUAUACGGUGCCUGAGGCUUCCACGGAUGACGAUGAUGGUGUGGAGGAUCUGGGCAGUAAUGCUACCCUGGGGAAUAAGGAUCACUCUGACUGCACCGUAGAUUCGGAUGCAACGACCACAACUUCCUCCUUGGAGCGUCACAUAUAUCGGAAUCAUUUUCGGUGCAGCAGAAGCUAUGGUCCCCAAAGGGUCUCCAUGCCCCUGCUGAGAUCCAGUAGAUCCAGGGAGAUGACCCCGCAGCUGGGAAUGUACCACGAGGGACCGGAUAGGGAUCCGCAAUGGGGUUACUUUGUGCCCCUCUCGCCCAACUGUUUCUUUAGUCCUCCAAUGCAGAGGAGGAGGGAAAAGGAAAACGAUCGCAAUCGUCGAGCGGUGAGUUAUGGCGGCGAUAUUGCCUCGUCGCCUCAGUCGGCCACCAUGCCACGUGCUGCUCCGCGUCGCGUGGCCUUGAUGAAGGAGCCACCACCGCCACCGCCACCCAAGCCGCAGCUGACAUCCAAAUCCUCCGCAGACUCCAUGUCCUGUUUGGCCAGUAAAUAUCCUCAAUCUGAGUACAAUCUCAUCCAGAAGAUUGACUCGAAUAGCACGCUGACAGCUCCGGCACAAUAUCAGCCGCAGAAUUUUUAUGCCAACACUGGAACUAUAUCCUCUACGAAUGGCUAUGGAUCACUGCUGUGCCACACAAGCUCCACGGCCAGUCCACUGGCUGUACGGAAGCGGGACAAGUUGCUCCAUCGAUUCAGUGAUGCCGCCACUCUGGGCAGGAAGCUCAAGAAAAAGAAGAACACGAAUCGCACCUGUAGAUCCAUGACGGAGGCCAUUGAGAUGCUGGCCGAUCCUGUAAUCGAGGAUGAGUUUUUCACUUUCUUGUCUAAGAAUACUUAUAUCUUUACGAGUUCCAAGAUAUCCAUUCUUAUCUAA